AUGUUUAAAUUACUUGUUUUAUUUCAAGCUCUUCUUAUCCAGGUUAUAACCAGCCAGUGCAUAUGCAGCGACAAAAUCCCUAAUUGGGCCGGCAUAGUUAGUCCAACUUCACCUGGAGGCUGUUCUGGAAUUUCACAUGUAAACUUGCCAUACGACCAAUACCACUCACUAGAUAUAACUUCUUUAUCUGCCUCAGGCUGUGAUCUGACCACGAGGAGUUCUUCGCCAAUUGCACCUGGAGUUCUAUCUAUAACAUCGGAGAAUGUCAUCGAAGGACCGGUUUCGGUGUAUGGGCAGUUGCCUUUCCUAAGUGCUGUUGCGUUCGAAGGAUCCAUACCUACUCAUGGAUAUGGUGCUGUUUCGUAUGGUUGUGGUAAUGGUAAUGUUGGAAUUUUAAGUGAAACUUCUGGGUUCGAAUCUGCAUACGAAACGUCCGUGAGACCGUAUGAAAUUCCAUCUGUCAGAGGUCUAAACCAUCCUGGCAGACCAUGCUUGGAAAUUCCCUCAGUCAGACCAGGUUGUGGACACGGGUCUGUUCCAGCAUUACCACCUGCAAGACCUUGCGGUUGCCUGUAUUGA